CUCCGAGCAGUCCGAGUCCGAAGUUCCGAAGUCCGAGUCGGAGUCCGAGCUCGGCUUUCGGCCCUCGGCUCAACUUCGGCUUCGAGUUUCCAAACAUCAAACAAACAUCAUCGGCUGCAAAAGUAUGAGAUUUUAUGCAGUCUGUCGCUAAUUCUUAAAUAUGGAAAUCAAUCCUUUGAGCAUAAUUCUCGUGAAGAGCGAUAGCAAAGGCGACAGACUGUUAUUCCGUUAUCCGCACGUCGCGAAACGCAAACGAGACUCGAACAGGUUGACCAAAAGAAAGAAUCCGUACUCCUUGAUUGUCACUGAGGACUCCUCGCAGUCGUUGCCCCAGCCCCAACCUCAACCUCAGCAGCCUCAGUCGAAUGCGACCAACGGCAACUGGACGGGUGUCACCGAUGAGGUCCUGUCGACCUUGUUCGCCGUCAAGGCGGAGUUAUGUGAGCAGAAGUUCGAGCUGAAAGUGAAUGACGCGAGAUUCGUCGGACACCCAACGCUUGUACCAUCCCAUGGCCCCGGCGAGGCUAACAAUUCGUCGAUGUUGUUUGACAUCGUGUUCGCUCUCCAGGCACAGGCCAGUCACUCGGUCGUCGAGUGUUACCACGAUCUGAGUAGAAGAUUAGGCAUAGCGUCUAGGCACGAGGAGAGGAGAUGUGGCUUUCUCACGGAAGAGAUCAAGAUCAUGGUCUCGACCCACGAUGAGGUCGCUGCCAGAUCCGAAGGCGAAAGCGAUUCGGACGAGUCUCCUUACGAGCUAAUCUUGCAACGCAGCUCCCUGGCACGGGAUCUGAAAUCGGUGUUCGGCAGCCUGACCACGUCCGGUAUAAUAAACGUAACAAUCAACAAAUGGAUCCAGGUUCGCUUUUGUUUGCCACAGAAAGUUCAUCAGGCUCACAAAAAGGAAUUUGUCAUGGAUCCCGAGAUCAUCGACAGAUGUUUGAAUAGCCUGAGACCGUACCACGGGCUACUGCUGUCCGUGGAACCAUCGGACCUCCUCGAUUCCCUCCCCAUAGACUCGUCGCCGGCGCUCAAGAGAUUGAUCGAAGCGUAUAGUCCGUUGAAAAGCCUUCAGAGCCUUUCGGCUGACUCCGACCUGACGCUGGCUCAAGUCUUUCAACUGACCGGACACUUGGUCUACUGGGCCAAAGCCACUGUGAUCUAUCCAUUGUGCGAGAGCAACGUCUACGUUGUCUCCCCGGACGCUGCAAUCAACGAUCAUCACUCAUUGGAAAACUUCGCCGAGCAGUUCCCUGGACUCCGUCUGCUGCAGGUGCUCAGCGACUUCUCGUUGCCGACCAGCAUCAGCCAGAAGUUGAACCCACUCAACCAGUCCCUCCAGCAAACCCAAUUGAUCAAGAUAAUAAUUUGGCUGCUGAAGAAUCAUCGGCUGCUGCAGCUUCACACGUACGUGCGACACAUGCCCACGGUGCAUGGUCGUUCGUCCACGGAAUCGAACGAGGAGAACCGUCGAUUGAUCGAGCAGCAGCCGGACGCGGAGUCGCAGAAACCAGCGAGUUCCGACGCCGCGAGCGACGAUCUCUCCCCGGAAUCCAGCAUCCGUAAGGACAGCAACAAUCAUCAAACGGAGGACGACAAGAAGCUGCUGGACAGGUUGUGCAGGCUGGGCUACCUUGACGGCGGACAUCACUUGGAAGAAAUCAUGUACCUGGAGAACAUACGCAGAUCGCAGUUGCUGCAGAUCCUCGACAAGUUCCGGGACGCGCUGAUCACGUUCGAAUGCGAGGAUCCGGCUAUAGCCAUGUUUCACAGCCAGUUCGGAUCUUAAUCUCUCUCCCACAAUGGCUCGUUCCACAUGGAGAUGGCAGUACCCCCCAGUGAAUGUAAAGAGCCACACUCAAAUAUUUCUGACACGAGACUUUGUAACAGAGUGACCUGAAAGAAGAUGAGUACGAUCAAUGGAUAGUUAAAAAAUUAUUUUCAAUCGGAAGAAAUGCCAGGAUUGCGGAAGAAGCCGAGGGAAAACCAGCCGAGAUCCAAGUAGAUUAUUUAUUGUAAUUAAUUACUUAGUAGUUGGUAGAUUCCUUUUAAUAAAGUAAUCGUAAGUUUAUCAUCAAAACCCUA